AUGGCAACCAGCCGGCGCGCCGGACAACCACAGCUCCGGCUCCGGCCACCGCUUGCUCUUGAGGCGCCCGACGCGGGCUGGCGCUGCCCCGCGCUCCGCUUACGGCGGGGCCUCGAGGUGUAUAUAAGGCGGCGCGCGCGUCUUGGCUCCUGCAUUAUCCUCCUCCUCCUUCUUCCUAUUCCCUCCUCUUCCAUUCCCCUCUUCCAUCCCCCCCCUUCUCUUCCCCCUCCCUCCCCAACCAUGCCCUCCUCCACCAUUGCCACCGGACUUUCAACCCCGCAGGCGCCCCCCGCGCUCCCCGACAACGUCCUGGCGCUUUUCUCGCUCAAGGGAAAAGUCGCAUGCAUCUCCGGCGCCUCCUCCGGUAUCGGCCACGCCGUCGCGCGUGCUUUCGCGCAGGCCGGCGCAGACAUCGCCGUAUGGUACAACUCGCAUGACUCGCUGAUCCAAGACGCACAACAAUGGGCCGCCGAGUUCGGAGUUCGCGCCCGUGCAUACAAGUGCCCCGUCACCGACGAGGCACGCGUCAAGGCAACCAUCGCGCAGGUGGUGCAGGACUUUGGCCGCAUAGACGUGUUCGUAGCCAACGCCGGCGUGCCCUGGGAAAAGGGCCCGCUGUUGGAGGCCGAAGAGCGCGGCGAAGCCGCGGACGAAUGGCAGCGCGUGCUGCACACCGACUUCCAGGGCGUGUACUACUGCAGCAAGCACGCCGGCGCGGUGUUCAAACGCCAGGGCCGCGGGUCGCUGGUGAUCACGGCGUCGAUGUCGGGUCACGUGGUCAACGUCCCGCAGCUCCAGACCUGCUACAACGCGGUCAAGGCCGGCGUGCUGCACAUGGCGCGGUCGCUCGCGGUCGAAUGGGCCGGGUUUGCGCGCGUCAACACCGUGUCGCCCGGGUACAUCGCGACGCCGAUCUCGGUGUUUGCCGAGGACGCGACCAAGCAGCGGUGGCACGAGCUCACGCCGCUCGGCCGCGAGGGUCUGCCCCAGGAGCUGGUGGGCGCGUACCUGUACCUCGCGUCGGACGCGUCGACGUUCACGACGGGCAGCGACAUCGUGGUGGACGGCGGCUACUGCGCGAUGUAG